AUGGCAGGGUACAUUAGAUGUCUGGCCUCCGUCUCCAGAGCUGCGACCACGAAUACUCUGCGCAGCAGAAGUCCUGCUGUGCUGCUGGCGUCUACAGGGACCAGCAAUCAAAACCGGCGGCAGAACCGAAACUAUGCCACCAAGCGUAUCAUGGUGAACAGCCCUGUGGUCGAGAUGGACGGAGACGAAAUGACCCGCAUCAUCUGGGAGUUCAUCAAAGAGAAGCUCAUCCUAUCAAAUGUGGAGGUGGAGCUCAAGUACUUUGACCUGGGUCUGCCCUACCGCGACCAGACCGGGGACCAGGUGACCGUGGACUCUGCCCUGGCCACCAUGAAGUACAACGUGGCGAUCAAAUGUGCGACCAUCACCCCUGACGAGGCCAGGGUGGAGGAGUUCAAGCUGAAGAAGAUGUGGAAGAGCCCAAACGGAACCAUCCGGAACAUCCUGGGCGGCACUGUGUUCCGCGAGCCAAUCAUCUGCAAGAACAUCCCCCGUCUGGUUCCUGGUUGGACGCAACCAAUCACCAUUGGCAGACACGCGUUUGGGGAUCAGUACAAGGCCACGGACUUCGUCAUUGACAAGCCCGGCAAGUUCAAGAUGAUUUUCAGCCCAGCGGAUGGAGGGAAGGAGAAGGAGUGGGAGGUGUACGACUUCCCCUCUGGAGGCUGUGGAAUGGGAAUGUACAACACUGACGAGUCCAUCACUGGGUUCGCUCACAGCUGCUUCCAGUACGCCAUCCAGAAGAAGUGGCCCCUCUACAUGAGCACCAAGAACACCAUCCUGAAGGCCUACGACGGCCGCUUCAAAGACAUCUUCCAGGUGGUCUUCGAGAAUAACUACAAGACAGAGUUUGACGGGCUGAAGAUCUGGUACGAGCAUCGGCUCAUCGACGACAUGGUGGCCCAGAUGCUGAAGUCAUCCGGGGGCUUCGUCUGGGCCUGCAAGAACUACGACGGAGACGUGCAGUCGGACAUCUUAGCUCAGGGCUUCGGCUCUCUGGGUCUGAUGUCGUCGGUGCUGGUGUGUCCCGAUGGGAAGACCAUCGAGGCCGAGGCAGCCCACGGCACCGUGACCAGACACUACCGAGAACAUCAGCUGGGCAAACCAACGAGCACCAACCCCAUCGCCAGCAUAUUCGCCUGGACCCGAGGACUGGAGCACAGAGGCAAACUGGACGGAAACCAAGAUUUGAUCAAGUUCUGUCAGACUCUGGAGAGGGUCUGUGUGGAAACUGUGGAGAGAGGCGUGAUGACCAAGGACCUGGCCGGUUGCAUCCAUGGUUUGGCCAACUGCAAGUUGAACCAACACUACGUGACCACCUCAGACUUCCUGGACGCCAUCAGGACCCACCUGGACAAGGCUCUGGGGAAGUGAGGCACCGAAGAGCCCAACUCAGACAGACUACUCCUUUUGUAACUUUUUAAGGCCCUCGUUUGGGUUGGCCCUUUCUCGCCAAUUUCAAAAAGGAAAACACUACUACAAGUGCUAUGUUAAGGUUGUUUCACACUACAGCUCAAGCUGAGAGCGCAUCCCUUUUCGACCCAUUUUAAUCAGUGAGCCCAAGCACACCUGUUUGGAGUGGAGGUGUACUACAGAGUGGAGCGGGUAUUUUGAUCCGGACUGGAUCAGCUGAUCAAUGGAAAUGGUCUAGAUGGCAGGUCCACGUGGGUAGGCCGGCAGUGGGAAGACAAGUGCUACCGCUCUACGCUUGAGUUGUGGUGUGCAGCGGGCUUUAGCACUUUUACAUUGUCAUGUGAUAUCUGUGCCCCUCCUCUCCAAUUGCCCUACCUGCCAUACCCAAUUGCCUUUGUAUUACACUGCCCCUUUGCAUCUGUGUAUAACGUAUUGCUACACAUUGGACUGCUUUUCCACAUAGACCAGUCUGAAAAAAUAAGUAAAGGUCAUUUUUACGAUCCUAAUUUGUUAUAACGAUGACAGAUUGUGUUUUUAUAAUGGUACCGUCAAUCUUAGUGUCUGUAAUUUAAACUACCUGUAUUCUAUAUUCUACCAAUAUUUUUUUUUCGUGAUAAGCCCAAUGAAAACAUUAAUGUGCAUAACAUAUCGUUUCCUUUUUUUAACGAAAAAACACACCCUCAUUUCAAAUAAUUACAGGGAAAAAGUUAUCCAACUUGCCAGCAGAGCGCGUCCGAGAGACUUUGUUAGUAAUGGAAAUGGUUUGUUAUCACAUCAUGGUCAUCGAUGAUGUUGAAACGCCCGUGUUAGUUAGGGUCCCAGGCUCUAAUUUUUUGGAAGCAAGCAUUGUUAAACUACAUUCUGUAAUUAACUUUAUGUCACUUUGUUCUGAAAUCUCCUUACUGCUGGCAAAUUGAUGUGUUGUGGAAUCUAUUGACCAUUUAAAUCAAUACAAUAAGAAAAAAAUAACAUUGAGAGUUAUUUCCAUCUAGGAUACCCUAAAUCCAUCAAACCCAGGCCAUAGUAGUUGAAGUCAUGGAACACAUGGUUGGCCCACAUUAAUUGGCUGUCUAUUGAUGUUUAAAAGGUGAUCUGUUUACAGCCGAGACCACAAACUCUUUUACUUCUGGGGUUUUCAGAGUGAGGUAUAAUCAUAAAACAUGGCUCAGCCAAAUUAGACCCACAACACAGCUGGCAAAAGAUUGGGUUAAACAAACUGAUUGGGGACUAAAUUAUUUUCUACAGUGCUUAUUAUUUAAUUACCUUAACAAGCUGACCAUAACCCCUUACAGAUUUAUAUGCUUGUUCCUUGUUUUCAUAUUUGGCUCGAUGUGGUACCACGUCCUGUUCGUCCAAACAGGACGUGGUUACAGUCAGCGAUCCAGCUGUCUGAUCUAAGACUCAUGCAGAGACCAUUAAACAUGACAAAAUAAGAGCCAUGCUCAAAUUAAUGAAGCAGAAGUUCAUAGUCAAUAUUGAAGAUCAAUACGGAUAUUGACUAGUCUUUAUUGUUAACGUCUUGGAUGAUUUUUGACACUAAUCCAAAUAUGGAUGAAGAUGCAGACAAUUUCCUAGCCUAGCUUUGAGUAUAACUAAAACAUUAAAUAGUAUAAUAGUAAAUCACCCAAUGAAAGCUGUGUAUUUGUAAACAUUUGCUCCCAUCAAAUGCUUUGAGUGUUGAUAAUGUUUGUGUUGGAUGUAUGAUGUUGCCUCAUGCAGCCCGCAGUGUUAGUUUGCCAAAAAAGAAACACAAGCCCUCGUCAUUUAAACUAGAGAACCUUUAUUACAUAAACCAUGGUUGUCCAUGAGGCCUCAGUUUGAUAUUUCUCAUUCCAUAAUGAAAAUGAACCAGCAGAGCGUCUCAGCGUUGGUCUUUAGUGUGCAUACCAAGGCUGACCUGCAUGGCAGGUCAGGGGGGCGCCCACUUCCCCCAAAACAAUAACUAUGAACCACAGCACCAGCGCCAUCUAUUGGCUUUCAAUUCAAUCAGUUCAAUAAACAGGUGGCAGGAACCGUCCAAAAACCAGUCUACACUACUUUGUGUAGACGACAUCACCACGGAGAUGAGAACGCCGGGGACGAGGUUACAUCCUCACACCAAUGUAUGCCUAUAUAAACCCCCCCCAAUCAUGUUUGUUCCUGCCCUGUUCGUUGGCAAAAGAAAAUACCGAAUUGAUUCAAGUGAAAGUGACGUGAAGGCAGCACUGAAUUGAAAUGAAACUACAAGUAACAAUAAACCUACAGCUGAUUCUCCGCUCAAAAUACCUUU